CCAUUGACGUCACAAUUAAAUAUUUGCAGGAGUAUGUGGGGCUCAUGAAGAGUAUAAAACCCAGGCCAAUCGCAGUGCCAUUCUCCUCAAAUCUACUCUCGAAUAACUUGCUCAACUCAAAUUCAUAACUAUACCAGCGAAAUGUCUUCGUCUGACGCACACCCAUCUGCCGUAGGCACUAAUACCCAACCCGGAACGUCGACUGUGCCUUCCACGGAUGCUCCAACUCAAGCAACGUCUGAAUCCUCCACCAAAGAUAGCCAGGUUCCGCCACAAAGACACGCAGGAGCUGUUGGGCUCGGUCCCGCAUACAAACAAGGAGCAGAUUUCGGAGACAAGCUCGGCGGUUUGCAAGAGGAGAUCAAGGGAAAGAUUAUGAGGAACCCAGAGCUAGUCGAACAUGGACGUGAGCGGCGUACGGGGGUUUUGAAGAAGAAAGAGCAAGAACAGCAGGAUGAAGAAGACCCGUUCGCGAAACCAUCAUAGAGAUAGUGGGAGAAGCUAUCAUCACAUGCUGGCGUGCAUUGGUGCACGAACGGUAACUUGAGUAUAUUUAGACAUGAACGUCAUUGCAUAGUUACGUCAUCGAUGAUAUCUACAUACGCACGCAUAAAUUCCAAGGGGUUG